AUGGGUGAUACCAAUAAUAACAACACCAAUGUUAAUCUUCCUCCAGGCUUUCGAUUUUAUCCUACUGAUGAAGAACUUGUCGUCCAUUUUCUUCAUAGAAAGGCUUCUCUUUUACCCUGUCAUCCUGAUGUUAUCCCUGAUCUUGACCUCUAUCCAUUUGAUCCAUGGCAACUUCAAGGUAGAGCUUUGGAAGAGGGAAAUCAAUGGUAUUAUUACAGUAGAAGGACGCAAACUAGAAUUAGUAACAAUGGGUAUUGGAUGCCAAUGGGAAUGGAUGAACAAGUUGUAACAAGUUCAAGCAAUAAGAGAGUUGGUAUGAAGAAAUAUUAUGUUUUCCAUAUUGGUCAAGCACCUCAUGGGAACAAAACUAAUUGGAUAAUGCAAGAGUAUCGUCUUUCUGAUUCUUCUUCUUCGUCUUCUUCUAGAUCAUCAUCCAAAAGAAAAUCACAUCAAAAAUCGGAACAUAGUAGGUGGGUGAUAUGUCGAGUUUACGAGCGCGAUGAAGAUGACGAUGAAGACGGAGAUGGAACGGAGUUAUCUUGUUUGGAUGAAGUUUUUUUGUCAUUGGAUGAUCUUGAUGAAGUAAGCUUGCCAAAUUAG